AUGAUUAAUUCCCAAACCCAAUCCUCAUUCAAUAAUAAUAGUUCUUUUUUUGAAGUUAAGUAAACAGCUUAAUCCUUCAAUACACAAUUGAAUUCAUUAGGCCAUUCUACAACAUUUUAAUAAAAGGAAAUAAAAAAAGUUCCAUACAAAAAUCCGAAUAUUUAAGCUUUUGGGUCAAAAUCUGAUGCACAAAAGUAGGUAUUAACGCAAUAAUAGAGGGAGAAUAGUCCCUUAAAACCAUGUACACAUAAGGGCAUCACUAGAAUGGCAAAUUAAUAAGUAUAGAAUCAAUAAGCAACUCUUGUUAGGAAUAAAAAUGAGUCUGCACUGGCUAAUUCACAACCUAAACUAACAAAAGUACCUACAGUAAAACAAUUUUCUCCAUUUCAACCUAAACAUUCUGCUGAUCAAAUAGUAAGUACUCAACAGAGUUUCAAAGCCACAAAUAUUUAAACAAGUGCAAAUAACAAAUUUGUUUAAACUCCAAAAACAACUAGAUAUGAACCAAAUAUCAUCACUACAGAAAGAGAACCUCGUUUUAAACGCUUUUCUACAAAAACAAGUGAAGAAUAAAUAAAUCCAGAAUAGCUUAAUUCAGAGUAAGCUCUACCUAAAAGUAGAUAAUUUUCAGGCAAUAAUGAAAAGAAGCAGAUAUCUAAUUCAACAGGGUUUAACCCUUAGAUCAGGACUGAGGUUGAAGAUAUUAAAACUAAAUAAGACAGGCGAUAGAAUUCUACUGGGUAAUAGUAAUAAUAAUAGUAAGAAAAUUCAAGGAGAACUAAUUCAUUAUAAAAAAUGACCAUACCUACUGUUUAAGUGGUUAAUGUUAAUUUUCCCAAUGAAAAUUUUUCAAUAAAUUCAAGAACGCCUGAUCAUCUUUUGAAUUCUUUACGUUCUCAAAAACCAAAGAAUUUCUUAUAAAGAAUUCCACAAUUAUGAUAAUUACUUUGUAAAAUUCAGGGAGUAAUUUGAGUUGAGCAAUGAUAAUUAUAUCUCCUAUUUUC